AAGGGAAACUGGGAUACGACGGUACUAGGGCGCGGACGGCAAUCGGAGCUCCUCGACGGAGAUGAGGAUAGUGCAGAACCUGUCUUCAAAGGCAGUGCACUGAACAAAGGAAAAUCUGCAGGGGUUCAGAAACAACCAUAUCCUUCGAGCUUAUGUGCUUAGAGUCGUGCAUAUACCAAAUCAGAUUGUAUCAUCCUCGUUCACGAAGCUCAUUCGGAGGAUUUCCUGGAAAAUCAAUAGAUAUUUCUGCAAAGUGAUGUCGUUUACUGAUGAAUUCGAGACUAAUUUGGCUGUAAUACCAAAUCUAUUACAGAAGAAGUAUGCAUUGAUGCGUGAUCUAGACAAAAGCUUACAAGAUAUUUUUACCCAAUAUUGCACACAUACAAACUUGUUAAGCAAGCCGUUUAUUGUUGUCAGAAGUGCAGCGGCAAACUGAGCAGCGUUGUAAACUGGAAAUUGAGGACAUGAAGCAGCGUAUUAAGACUGGUAAUAUUACCUCAGACUCUUCACUUAUCAAGUUCUCGGAUGAUACACUGGAUGAACAAAAGCAUGCGAUCCGGAUUGCUGACGAGAAAGUUGCAUUAGCCAUUCAAGCUUAUGAUAUAGUAGAUACUCAUAUCCAACAGCUAGAUCAGUACCUGAAAAAGUGUGACGAGGAGCUCCGUAGAGCAGCUGCAGAGAGAGAUAAUGCCGUAGCUACAGGAUCACCUACUUCCACCUUUGAUAACAAUGUUAAAUCUGGAAGAUUGGGCGAUAGCAGCAAAGCAGGCCGUAAAAAAACCCGCCUUGGAACGACAACCCCAGCAGCAGCAGUAACAGCUAAUCCAGUGGGUAUGGAUUUGGAUCUACCUGUGGAUCCAAAUGAACCAACAUAUUGCUUCUGCAACCAAGUUAGCUACGGUGAAAUGGUUGCAUGUGACAAUCCUAACUGCAAGAUAGAAUGGUUUCACUAUGGUUGCGUUGCGCUUAAAGAACAACCAAAGGGUAAAUGGUACUGCUCUGAGUGUGCAGGGAAGAGAGGGCGCAAGAAAGGGAAGUAGUGAAUACGAGUCUGGCGUGGAGGGUACACGCAACAAUGUUGUGUAUACGGCUUAUUUUCACGCUCCCAAUUUUGUUUGUGUUCACAGACAACUUUCAAAAUUUCUAUAUUUGUAGAUGAUAAGGUGUGUACAAAAACAUGUACAAAAACAAUUUUCCUUCUCAAAUACAUGUAUUGUUCAUAGAUUAUAAUCCCUCAUGGCCUCAUCAAUAUAUUAUCGCAGUGCAUUUUGUAAAUUGAACAACGUUUGGUCCCCCCC